CUUCCCAGAUCCCAGAUGUGGGCGAUGGCGCCACACACGCUCCUGCUGCUGAUGGCUGCCCUGGCCCUGACCCAGAUCCGAGCGGGCUCAUACUCGCUGCGGUAUUUCCACACCGCCGUGUCCCGGCCCGGCCUCGGGGAGCCCCGGUUCAUCUCUGUCGGCUACGUGGACGACAUGCAGUUCGUGCGCUUCGACAGCAACGCGGAGUAUCCGAGAUACGAGCCAAGGGCGCCCUGGAUAGAGAUAGAAGGGCCAGAAUAUUGGGAGAGGCAGACGCAAAUCGCAAAGAGAAAUGAGCAGAUUUUCCGAGUGAACCUGAGAACCCUGCUCGGCUACUACAACCAGAGCGAGGAUGGCUCUCACACCAUCCAGUGGAUGUCCGGCUGUGACAUAGACUCGGACGGGAGCUUCCUCCGUGGAUACUGGCAGUACGCCUACGAUGGCCGCGAUUACAUCGCCCUGAACGAAGACCUGGAAACGUGGACGGCGGCGGACAUGGCGGCGCAGAUCACCCGACGCAAGUGGGAGCAGAUUGGUGAUGCAGAGAGAGUCAGGGCCUACCUGGAGGGCGAGUGCGUGGAGUGGCUCCGCAGAUACCUGGAGCUCGGGAAGGAGACGCUGCUGCGCACAGAUCCCCCAAAGGCACAUGUGACCCAUCACCCCAGACCUGAAGGUGAUGUCACCCUGAGGUGCUGGGCCCUUGAUUUCUACCCUGCUGACAUCACACUGACCUGGCAGUUGAAUGGGGAGGAGCUGACCCAGGACAUGGAGCUUGUGGAAACAAGGCCUUCAGGGGAUGGAACAUUCCAGAAAUGGACAGCUCUGGAGGUGCCUUCUGGAUUGGAACAGAAUUACACAUGCCAUGUGUACCAUGAGGGGCUGCCUCAGCCCCUCACCCUGAGAUGGGAGCUUCCUCCACCACAGACUCCAACACGGGGAUCAUUGUUUUUCUGGUUGUCCUUCGACCUGUGGCCAUCAUUGCAGCUGUGGUGACUUGUGAUGAAGAGGAGUAGAAACAGAGUGUGAAGACAGCAGCCUGGAGUGGACUGCGUGACAGACAGUGUGUUCAGGUCUCUCCUGUGAUGUCCAGAGCCCUCAGUUCUCUUUAGACAACAGUGUCCGAUGUUCCCUGUGAUCCUCUGUGCUCAGUGUGAAGAACUGUGUAGUCCAGCCUGCCCUGCACACCAGCACCCUGUCCCUGCACUGCCUGUGUUCCCUUCCACAGCCAACCUUCCUGAUCCAGCCACACACUGGGGACAUCUGCUUCCUGUCAGCUCCAUGCUGCCCUGAGCUGCAGCUCCUCACUUCCACACUGAGAAAAAUAAUCUAAACAUGACCUUGAUUGUUAAAAUAUUGACCUGAGUGUCGAUGGCUUAUUAAUUUAAUGGAUUGAGAAUACUAAAAUGUCUAAUUUUUGAAGAAAUAAAUAGCAGAUGGAGAACCUUCCAGAA